AUGGUUACCGACCCUUUCAUUCAGCAGUACUUAGAAAGGAUUGAUGAAUAUUUAGAACUCUCUCUACAGCAGUUAUCGCUUUCGCUAUCACCGAAACAACAUAAUAAGGAUGAAGAAGAGGAUUUGCAAAGUUUACAGGAGAAAUUGCAGAAAAUUAAAUUGAUCGUUGCGAAGAUCCAUGCCUCUCUCCGGUCACACUCAUCGAAAGUUGUCGAGGUGGAUUAUGCUACCGUAUUAGAUCUCUUAUCCGAUUUACCAAGAGAGCAAUUUAUUGAACAUCAAGAUGGUCUAAUAAAUCUGGUCACAAAUGCUAUCUACCAGUAUACUUUAUUGCUAUGCUACUACACUUUAAAGAGCGAGUGUGUGUCAUUUUUACCAGAGGCCUAUGAAUCGGCCAGAUACUAUAAAAGGGUAUCAGACUCCAAAUUAUGGUCAACAUUAUAUUUUGUACAGACGUUACCAAAUAAAAUUGCUAUUUUUUCAAGACAACUGAACUAUAGCUUUAAAAAGCUCAAAGCCAUUGAUGCUUCCAGCGAAUACUCUGCUGAGAAAUUAAAAAUAUUGGGCCACAAUUUCUUGGAAGAUGUCAAACCAAAGUGGAAUAAGAUGAUGAUGGUACAUGAUUUUAGGUUUGUGGGCCUUCCUAAAAAAUCUGUCAGCUGGGCAUAUUUUUUUUUGAAUUUACCUCGUGCAAUGAUUCGCGACGAACUGCACAAAAAGAUCGAUUAUAUGGAUCAUUUAACAAAGAACUACACUACGAAACUAGGUCAAUUAAUUAUUUCCUUUGAAUCAGGCAGUAAGAGCACCAUAUCUGACGAUUAUAGGAAGCAUGUAGCUGCUCUGCAAGAAUUCUUCAACGGGAACGAUAAUGAUAACAUUUACUCCAUGGUCCAACAUACAAUGCAAUUUCGUUCUAAUGUUGAGAAGAUUUGUGAUACUAAACCAAGCAUAGCAACAAGAUAUUGGCCUUGCGCAUUAUUGGUGCUUACUUAUGGGCCAUCUUCGAUUAUUUCAAUUUGGCAAUCACGCUUCAAGAUCCUUCAUUUUCUGCAAGAAAAUGUUGUUGAUUUUGCAAUGGGUCUGAUAUACAAUUGGAUAUAUAUCCCCCUGAAAAACGUGUGGGCCACAGUAAGACACGAUGAUGAUAGUUCAAUAGCAAUGAUGUCAGCAGGUACUUUAGAUUCAGAGAUUAAUUCUUUAACAAGAAUGAUAGUAAGCUUUGUUAAGGAGAAAAGUAAUUCAAACAUUGAUGUUGACACCUUAGUACAACAAAUAGAGCAUGGUGAUUUAACGGAUUUUAUGGAAAUUUACGAAAAUCAACUGGAAAAACCUAUCAAAAACAUAGUCACAGGUGGACUUAUCAGAUCUUUAUUAAUUCAAGUUCAAAAGACGAAAGUGGAGGGUUCGCUGGCAUUAAAUGGGAUCGAUAAGAUGCUACAGUCCCAGCAGCUUGUUUUUGGUGUCGUCGCCGUCUCACCUGCACUUUUGAUAUUAUAUGUUACAACCACAUGUGUUUACAGAUUGAUAAAAGUGGGAAACUUCUGGUCGAAUAUUGAAGAGUGUAAACAAAACCUAGGCGCUUGUUUAAAUAAUGUUGAAAGAUUAUUAAAUUACGACGAGUCCGCAAAAAAGGAUACUGUCGAUAAUUGUUUAGCGCAAGGUCUAUUGACUAUUGAAAUUUCUAGUAUUGCUCGGUAUGGAAGUCUUUUGGUGCCUCGCUCGAGGCUUAACGAAUGGUACAGGGAUGUUGAAGAAAUCUCAGAUUCGCAGUUAAGCAACAGUUCAAGAAUAAACGUUGUCAAUAGAAUUUAUCACGUCUACGGAAGAUUUUUCUGA